CCUCUGAGCGGCCCCGGGAGCUGGUUCCAGGGCAGGCAGAGGUUAGGGGCCGAGGUAGAUGGUUGCUGGGCGCUUGCUGGCUGCAGGAUAGUUGGACAGGCAGCUUUCACAAUCUCUCCGCUUUUAUUUAACAUUCAAAGAAAAGCAUCGCUCCCCAUUCGGGCUCUCUCUCUGUUGCUGCUGAUUGAAAGGCCAUCGACCUGAAACGUUAACUCUGUUUCUCUCCACAUUUGCUACCUGAAUAUUCCCAGUAUUUUUCUAUUCCUUAUUAUGGCCUGUUUCUGUGCUGCAUCAUCCUGUCGGUGAAAACCUCAACCUCGGUUCACCAGCUGCUUUGUAAUGAAUGGAGUGAAGCUGCUUCCACCUGGAGUGGCCUUGUCCUGGUGACGUGCCUUCUACAGGCUUUAUACACAUGUGCAAUUAUAUAUAUCUGGUAAAAGGAGGUGAGAUGUCCAAAAUAUACAGGCUGUUCACUAUCCUAUCUCUUUCCAUCUCGCUUAAGAUCAUCUCUCGACUCCUUUCAAAGCUGAAGAAUCAUGAGUUUCUCGAGUCUUUCACCACAACUCUGACUUCAAAUUCUAUGGAUCAAAUUCCUGAAUAUUUCCUGAACUGUGUCCAGCGUUUGAACUUGUCUCGUGUACUUUGUUGAUCAGAAGUGGAUAAAGUGUUCAAGAGUCAAAAGGAAAUUUUGCUGUGUUGUCCGUGCUGGACCUGAGUUGUUCAACUUUGGCAUGUCUGACAUUUCUGAAAUGCCAAUGGCAAGCAUUACGCAGUUAUUUGGAGACCUCUGUGAAGCCCAGAUGACGGGCUUAUCAUGGAAGUGCUACUUGGGAAAAAGAAGGCUCAACCGAAAACAAUUCAAAGAAAAAUUAAAAAGGGUUGUUUACAAUACACUAUUUGUAAAUCUUUUCAGAGAUGAAGCAACUCCAAAGUCUCAGUCUGAUAUCAGUAAGCUACCAGUGAAAAACAAAAUCUUGAUGUUGUCCUUCAAUUUGAGGGUAGCUGGCAUGGACAUUGAAGCUGAUCGCUUGGAGGAUCUUACAGAAAAAUUAGAAAAAUCAACUUGCAUGCCACAAACUGAUCUGAACUCUGUCCUGAAACUUUUGAUUGAACUUGCAGGAACUGGACCAUAUCAACUUCAGCCACAGAAGAGGGAUUAUUUCUUAAACAAUAAAAAUGUUGGAAGAAAUGUAAAACUUCAGGGAUAUGACCACUAUGAUGCGAGCCUGUUUGAAUCAGGCCUAGUGUCCUUUAUUUCCAAUGAAGAUUUGCAAUUUCAUGAUAAUGUACAACGUACCCUUCAUUUAAUGGAUGCAAAACCCGGUACUGGAUUGCCUGGCAUUGGACUAUUCUCCCACAAUUACUUAGCUGGUGACAAGUAUGAGAAAGAUACUCGAGUAUCACUGUUUGGUGCACUAGUGGGCAGCCGUACUUGUGAAAUGGAAAUUAAGUUGGAUUUGCCGGCAGUGCCAGAUAAUGUGGAUAUAACUGGACUUAAGAUUCGGGUUCCUCAAAGUAUUGACCAGUCGGAAGAUGAAGGAUUUCAGUCAGCAUCCAACCUUACUCCAGAUUCCCAGUCAGAGCCCAGUACAUCUCCUGACAUUGAUCUAUGGAAUGCAGUGCUUACUUAUGAACCCAGCAAAUAUAGAUGUUGGGAACUAAUUGGCUGUCCUCCAGGUAAAAAAGAGGAACCGUAUCUCACUGAAGCAGGUCGAGAAGCUUUUAACAAGUUCUACCGAUUGCGUGAAAGUGAGCUACAACUCAUCAGUGGUACACUGUUGCAGCCAACACCAGCUAUACUUCAAAAAGAAUCUGAAUUAGUCAAAGAUGUCCUGAACGUUCUCAUUGGUGUAGCAUCAAUGACUUUUUCUCUGAAUCAGUCUCUCCAGGCAUUUAUAGUCAAGCAAGGAGUGUACGUUUCAGGAACGUCCCCUGAGAGUAUGUAUAACCUCCUCUCUGAAUUGGCUGAAAAUGGAACAUAUUACACCCGCCUCAGUCACUUCUCUCUUCAACCGAUUCUUGACUCUACGUACAAUAAAGGCCUUGUUUUCCAGGCUUUUACAAGUGGUUUGAGGAAAUAUCUACAAUAUUAUAGAGCUUGUGUGUUGUCAACACCUCCAUCAUUGAGCCUUUUACCAAUCGUCUUUCUGUUCAGGAAACUGGGGCGUCAACUAAGGUAUUUGUCUGAAUUAUGUGGUAUAGGAUCAGGUGCACUGGGAAUAAACCAAGGAAGUUCAUUACCUUUUCCCACUGGAGUAAAAUUGUUGUCUUACUUGUACAAGGAAGCUCUGAAUAACUGUAGUAAUGAGCACUAUCCAGUGCUGCUGUCUCUUCUGAAAAGCAGCUGUGAACCAUAUACAAGAUUUGUCUAUGACUGGGUUUACAGUGGUAUUUGCAGGGAUGCGUAUGGAGAGUUCAUGAUCCAGGUGAAUGAGGACUACCUUAACUUCAGAGAUAAACACUACUGGACCAAUGGGUAUGUUUUAGCUUCCAAAGAGGUUGAAGAGUGUGUCCCCCUUUUCCUUGCUCAUGUGGCUUAUGACAUCUACAUCUGUGGGAAGACUAUUAACUUGUUGAAACUGUGCUGCCCAACGCAUUACAUCUGCUGGUCUGACAUUCCUGUUCCCUGCAUCUCUGUCACCUUUUCCCUGGAGGAACUGGAGGAGAUUGAAAGAGACUCAGCUCUUUAUGUCAGUCGAAUGGAGAGAAUAGCUCGUUACAACUCCAUUAGCAGAGAGGCAGAGAAUCUGAGAAAGGAAAUUGCUCAACAGGAGUUGAUUGUCCAAGCUCAACGGACAGCUACAAGAGCCAUGGCUACAUUUAAAAAUAAUCAGAUAGCUGAAAGGAAGGCUUUUGAUGUAAAGAAGCGGGAGCAAUUCUUGGAGCUAAAAGAACAAAUGGAGAAGGACAUAGAGCGUCGAAAUGCAGUUAAACAACAUGAGACUGAAAACGAUUUAAUGCAGAUUCGAGUGCUUAGAGAACGUGAAGAAAAACGUAAAGCACAAGAGGAAGAAUUGGAGAGAAGGGCAAGGCAACAGUUAAUUGAACAUUACAGCAACUUAUCAGAGGAAGCAGCAAGACGUGAACAGCGAGCCCUAUGGAAAAUUCAAAGGCAUAAGUUAGAAACUGCACGCACUGACUUUCUCCGUAAUGAUCAAAAAAAGCUUCAGGCAUUGCUAGAGAAGUUACCAUUGGGAGAACAAAGAGGGAAAUCGGAUGUUAUUCCUGGAUUCGAUCUGCAGCAUCAUGAGCCAUUGAAUAAAGGUUUUGAUUCUCAAGAGCUGAGCUUUGAGGUAGCAUCAUAUGAAAACAGAAUACUCAGUAAGAAGGAAAACUUACUUGCACCAGUGAAUGAAAUAGCCUCAAACAUAGUUGCACAGGCUGAUUUAUCUUCAUUUCAAGAAGGGCAUGAACAAUCGAAGACUCAAAUUUAUAAGCUAGAGCCUGGACUUGAAGCUCCCCUUGAUGUUGAUUCACAAUAUCUGCCCCACAGUAGUAAUCCUAGUCAGAAAGAAGUAAGCUUGCUUGAUAUAAGCUUUGAGGAUUUUCUUCCAAUGGGACAACAGCAACCUGGAGCUGCCCUUGAAACAGUUAAACAAACAACCACAGUACUUGAUGUGGCACUGAAGGAAAUAGGUUCAGAAUUAUCGGAUGAGAAAAAAAGUAUUGCUGUUAACAAAGAUGAAUGUGAAUUCAAUAUCUCUUCAGCGGAAUCUAGGGGUUCUCAUGAUAAAAUAUCACAGGGCAAAAAACUUUCACAAGUGGACUCAAGGAUGCCCCAGUGGAAUGUUCAUGGACAUGAUUCCAAGUCAUGCAUUAAAACUGAAGGGUAUACAUCAAAUAGCAAGCCUUCAGACCCACAUACAAAUAUUUAUGGUUCCAUGCCCUACUCAAACCUGAAUGUAAGUGAAUAUGUAUCUAAUGUUGGACCUGCCAGGCCACGAUGGAGUGUUCAUGGGCAUGCUUCAGAAUCCAACAUACAGGUUGGUGAAUGUGUGUCUAAUGUUGAACCAUCUAGACCACGAUGGAAUAUUCAUGGGCAUGUAGCAAAAGGCAACAUACAAGUAGGUGAGCAUGUUUCAGAUAUAGAGCAGUCUUGGCCACAAGCAAAUAUUCAUGGGCAUGCAUCACGAGCCAACAUACAAGUUGGUGAGUAUGUUUCGGAUAUGGAGCAGUCUUGGCCACAAGCAAAUAUUCAUGGGCAUGCAUCACGAGCCAACAUACAAGUUGGUGAGUAUGUUUCGGAUAUGGAGCAGUCUUGGCCACAAGCAAAUAUUCAUGGGCAUGCAUCACGAGCCAACAUACAAGUUGGUGAGUAUGUUUCGGAUAUAGAGCAGUCUUGGCCACAAGCAAAUAUUCAUGGGCAUGCAUCACGAGCCAACAUACAAGUUGGUGAGUAUGUUUCGGAUAUAGAGCAGUCUUGGCCACAAGCAAAUAUUCAUGGGCAUGCAUCACGAGCCAACAUACAAGUUGGUGAGUAUGUUUCGGAUAUAGAGCAGUCUUGGCCACAAGCAAAUAUUCAUGGGCACGCAUCACGAGCCAACAUACAAAUUGGUGAGUAUGUUUCCAAUGUAGAACCAUAUAGAGCUAGAUGGAACAUUCAUGGCCAUGUAUCACAAGCCAACAUUCAACUCGGCAAAAAUGUGUCCAACAAACAACCAUGUGGACUGCAAUGGAAUAUUCGCAGUGAAUCAUCACAGCCUCUGAUUAAAGUUGGACAAUCUGUAUCUGAUGUAGAAUCUCCUGUACUUGGUUGGACUUCUUUUGCGCAUCCCUCUCAGUCAAAUUUCAGGAUAGGAGAAUGGUCACCAGAUGUGGAAGCAAAUUUGAUUCCAAGGCAGAAGCCUUGUGUUGGUCCUUCAUCUGGUUCUAUCAUUCAAGACAUUUUAUAUAACAAUGAAUCAGGAGUAGAAAGAGUGGUACUAGAUAAAUCUGAUGUUCAACAAAAUGCAAACAUUCUACACACUAUCAUCCCUGAAGAAAAAAUUGAAACCACUGAAAAAUCCAAACUGGUUACGGUUCUGCCAAGUCCUGAACUUGAGCUAAACGGAAAUCAAAGCAAAGAUAAAGAUGAAUCACAAGGUACCUGUGAAAAUGACAUAUGUGGUAGAAGUUCAGAAAACACAUCUCCCCAGCCUCUUCAAACUACAUGCUUUCAAGAUGAGAAUAAGGAUCCCUUAGGACUACAAAGUGUUCGUUUUCAAGAAAGAAAUGAGCAUGACACAGAUUCUACUGUACAAGUCCGAAUGGAUUCCGCAACUGACCUUUUGAGCUUUGCAAUGGAACCUGUCCAAGAAGCAGCUAUAGAAAAUGAUACAUGGAAGAAAGAGCAGGCCUAUCUCAAAAGCUUGGCAGACCAGUACUGUGUGGAACAUUAUCAGGAUAACUAUGAAUUGAUGUCUGAACCACCCAUCACACAUCUACUUCAGAAUGUAAUGACUGAACCCUAUUUAUUGCCCUUGGAUCCUUCGGUUCGCAGAGCAACAGAUGCAACAGCAGUACAAGCAAGCAGUCUUAUCUCACUUCCAGUACUGAUGAAGCAUUCCAUUACAGCACCUCUUAUAGCUCAUGCUUCUCUGGUAAAUAAAGCCAUAAUAGAUUAUUUGUUUGUGGAAUUGAACAUUGAACAGAAUUUUGAAGCACUAAGACAUUUCCUGUUGAUGGAAGAUGGAGAGUUUGCCCAAUCACUUAGUGAUCUGCUCUUUGAAAAGCUUGGAUCUGGACAGACACCUGGGGAACUUCUGAAUCCUUUAGUUCUGAACUCGAUCUUGAACAAAGCAUUGCAAUAUAGUCUUCAUGGAGACUCGAAGCUCGCUUCUAAUCUGACCUUUGCCCUUAAAUAUCUGCCUGAAAUGUUCAAGCCCAAUGCACCUGACGCCUUGAACUGCUUGGAACUAAGAUACAAGGUGAAUUGGCCCCUCAAUAUUGUGAUCACAGAAAGCUGCAUGAGCAAAUACAACAAGAUAUUUUCUUUUCUGCUGCAGCUAAAGCAUAUGUUCUGGACACUAAAAGAUGUUUGGUUCCAUUUAAAACGUACAGCUUUAGUUAACCGUUCUUCAAAUUCAGUUCAAUUUCAUCAGCUUCAACUCUAUCGACAUGAAAUGCAGCAUUUUGUCAAAGUUAUCCAAGGUUAUAUUGCUAAUCAGAUCUUGCAUGUGACCUGGUGCGAAUUUGGGCACAAGUUGUCAUCAGUUGGAAACUUGGAUGAGCUUCACAGAACACAUGCAGAAUAUCUCAACAAAGGCAUUUUCAGAGGAUUAUUGACUGAAAAAGCUGCCCCAGUGAUGAAUAUCAUACACAAUAUUUUCAGUCUGAUUCUGAAAUUCCGCAGCCAAUUGAUUUCACAGGCCUGGCAGUAUGAUGCCGACAAACAAGUAACUAUACAUCCCAACUUUGCCGUGAUGCAGCAAUCCUACAAGACAUUUAAACAUUAUUCACACUUCCUGUUCAAAGUGGUGACUAAACUUGUCAAUCGGGGAUAUCAGCCACAUCUUGAGGACUUCCUGUUAAGAAUUAACUUCAAUAAUUAUUAUCUGGAUGUUUAAUUGUUACAUAGUUCACAAGAAUUACAUCUGGUAUGUUAUUGAAAGUCAAAUUUAAAUUAAAUCAAUGUAAUUUGAAGUAAAUUAUUAGUGAUUGGUAAAGUUUAAUGUUUAGUCAUUUUUAAACAAACUAUCCAUCUGAACAUGUGUGUGUGUGUGUGUGUGUGUG